UAUAUAAACCCUUUAAACCCUAUUGUUUGUCUCAUUGCUUCUAUUGUUUUGCCGAACCUUUCUCUUCAAGAUCUUUUGUGAUUUUAAGCGUAAGGAGUAAUGGGUAAGGAAAAGGUUCAUAUUAACAUUGUGGUGAUUGGCCAUGUCGAUUCUGGGAAAUCAACUACAACUGGUCACUUGAUCUACAAGCUUGGUGGCAUUGACAAGCGUGUGAUUGAGAGGUUUGAAAAAGAAGCUGCUGAGAUGAACAAGCGUUCAUUCAAGUAUGCUUGGGUUCUUGACAAGCUUAAGGCCGAGCGUGAAAGAGGUAUCACAAUUGACAUUGCAUUGUGGAAGUUUGAGACAACUAAGUACUACUGCACUGUCAUUGAUGCCCCCGGACACAGGGAUUUCAUUAAGAACAUGAUUACUGGUACAUCCCAAGCUGAUUGUGCUGUUCUCAUCAUUGAUUCCACUACUGGUGGUUUUGAAGCUGGUAUUUCUAAAGACGGACAGACCCGUGAACAUGCUCUCCUUGCUUUCACUCUUGGUGUCAAGCAAAUGAUCUGCUGCUGCAACAAGAUGGAUGCCACUACACCCAAGUACUCUAAGGGUAGGUAUGAUGAAAUUGUGAAGGAAGUUUCAUCCUAUUUGAAGAAGGUUGGCUAUAACCCAGAUAAAAUUCCAUUUGUUCCCAUCUCUGGUUUUGAGGGAGACAACAUGAUUGAGCGCUCUACCAAUCUUGACUGGUACAAAGGUCCAACCCUUCUUGAGGCCCUUGACCAAAUCAAUGAGCCUAAGAGGCCAUCAGACAAGCCCCUCCGAUUACCACUUCAGGAUGUCUACAAGAUUGGAGGAAUUGGAACUGUGCCUGUCGGACGUGUUGAGACUGGUUUCUUGAAACCUGGAAUGGUGGUGACUUUUGCACCAACUGGACUGACUACUGAAGUCAAGUCCGUAGAGAUGCACCAUGAAGCUCUCCAAGAGGCCCUACCCGGUGACAAUGUGGGAUUCAAUGUUAAGAAUGUUGCUGUUAAGGAUCUUAAGCGUGGUUAUGUUGCCUCAAACUCCAAGGAUAACCCGGCAAAGGAGGCUGCUAACUUUACCUCUCAAGUGAUCAUCAUGAAUCACCCUGGCCAGAUUGGAAAUGGUUAUGCCCCUGUUCUUGACUGCCACACCUCCCACAUUGCUGUCAAGUUUGCUGAGCUUGUUACCAAGAUCGAUAGGCGUUCUGGUAAGGAAAUUGAGAAGGAGCCCAAAUUCUUGAAGAAUGGUGAUGCUGGUAUCAUUAAGAUGAUUCCCACCAAGCCCAUGGUUGCUGAGACUUUCUCUGAAUAUCCUCCACUCGGCCGUUUUGCUGUCAGAGACAUGCGUCAAACUGUGGCUGUUGGAGUCAUCAAGGCUGUGGAGAAGAAGGAACCCAGCGGAGGACCCAAGCCCAAGAAGAAGUGAACCAUGCUGGAUCAUUUAUGAAGGGAAGGGGCGUCUAUUUAUCAUGAAUUGUCAAGUCUGCACCAUCAUCUCGUAGCUUUUGUUCCCAGAACUGGGUUCUUGAUCGACGGUGGCAGGAUUACUUGAUUUUUUUUAUUUUUUUUUUAGUGUCUGGUGUGAACAAUUUAAUUUGCACGUCGUAGUAGUAGUUCUAUUUUUUCAUUCGGUUAACUUGUUUUUUUUUGCUUAAUUGUCAAGUCUGCACCAUCAUCUCUUUUGUUCCCAGAACUGGGUUCUAGAUCGACAGUGGCAGGAUUACUUGAUUUUUUUUUUUUUUUUUUAGUGUCUGGUGUGAACAAUUUAAUUUUGUAAGCAGCAUGUUUCUGCUGAAUUUCUCCUUUAAUAUCAACUCUUUUUAUUUGUGUUUA